CGCGCGGGCGCGCAGGCGCGGCGGGGCGGGCCGGGCCGCGCUGUGUCACGGCCAUGGAGUACCUGAUCGGCAUCCAGGGCCCCGACUACGUCCUGGUGGCCGCGGACACGGUGGCGGCCACCAGCAUCAUCCAGAUGAAGCACGACCAUGACAAAAUGUUUAAGAUGAGUGAAAAGAUCCUACUGCUGUGUGUGGGGGAGCCUGGAGACACGGUGCAGUUUGCAGAAUACAUCCAGAAAAAUGUUCAGCUCUACAAAAUGAGAAAUGGUUAUGAAUUGUCUCCCACUGCAGCUGCAAACUUCACCCGGCGAAACCUCGCGGACUAUCUCCGGAGUCGGACCCCUUACCAUGUGAACCUUCUCCUGGCUGGCUAUGAUGACCAUGAGGGCCCUGCCCUGUACUACAUGGAUUACCUGGCAGCUCUGGCUAAGGCUCCUUUUGCAGCACAUGGAUAUGGAGCAUUCCUUACCCUCAGCAUCCUUGACCGCUAUUACAAGCCAGGUAUCACACGUGAGGAAGCUGUGGAGCUCUUAAAAAAAUGUCUAGAGGAGCUUCAGAAACGUUUCAUCCUCAACCUGACCUCCUUCAACGCCCGGUUCAUUGACAAGGAGGGCAUCCAUGAAGUGGACAAUAUACCCCUUACCAAAGUGGAGUCCUAACCCUCAAGAUCUUUCUUCAACAGUCUUCUAGUUUUGUUCUCUCUUGGUUUUUUGUUUUUUUUUUUUCUAUUCAUUUGAAGCACACGAGUAAUGUACUGCAGUGGGAGCUCGAAUAAAGCCUGGUACUGCAGUGGAAGCUUGAAUAAAGCCUGACAUUUAUAUAGCCA